AGGUAAGUAAGCCACGAGCAUGUGCAAUCAAAUUCAUGAAAUUGAUGAAAAUUAGAUUUAUAAAAUCUAGAUCGGCAAACGACACUACUGAACUGAUGGAUCAUAUUAUGUCUGAAGAAGGCAGAGACACAUCCUGAUGCGUUGACUGUCGUAUUGACAAAUUAUGCAUCAUACGGUUAGAGAAUUCAUUUUGACAAACGAAAGAAAUCAUUUGAAGAAAAAAGAAUUGGGCAAGCGAAAAGAUCCAGUUCAAUUAAUGUCCGGAAUGAUUAGGGGUAAGCGUGGUUCCGGGUAGAACCGGGAACCGGAACCGGUUCGGUUAGGGCUAAAAAACCCCAAAUCAGUUGAGUUAGGUCUGAAGAAACCCCAAAAGCAGUUCUCUCUCUUCCACACGACACUUUGUUUCACUCACAGUUCUCUCUCUUCGCUCGUCCAUUCUCCACCUCUGCUCGACGCCACCGCCGGUCGCCCUUGACACCACCGCCGGUCACCCUCGACGCCACCGCCGUUGAUCUCUGCUCGAAGGUCGAGGCCACCUCCGCUCGCCCUCGACAGCAUCGCGGCUGACCCCUGGCUCGUCGUUUGCCUCGACGCCACUGUUGCUCACCCUCGACGCCACCGCUCCCUAACCACUGCUCGAGGCCACCUCCUCUCACCCUCGACGGCACCACCGCUGAACUCUAGCUCGCCGAUCGCCCUCGACGCCACCGCCGCUGACCUUUGGCUCGCCAAUCACCCUCGAUGCCACCGUCACUCGCCCUCGACGCCACCUUCACUCGCCCUCAACGCCACCGCUUGCUGACCCCUGCUCGAGGCCACCUUCUCUCACCCUCAACGCCACCGCCGCUGACCUCUGGCUUGCCAAUCGCCCUCGAUGCCACCGCACGGCACUCACUGACCCUUGCUCGAGGCCACCUCCUCUCGCUCUCGACACCACCGCCGCUGACCUCUGGCUCGCCGAUUGCCCUCGACACCACCGUCGCUCAGGAGUCAGGACACCGUUGCUUGAUUUUUGAGUUGGGUUGCUGAGGAAGAAUCUCCUUUUGGAAAACUGAUUGCUCAUUUUCUGUUAACUGUUAUUGAAAAUGAAGAAAUAUCAAUUGGCUUUAGAAGUCAAAGCUAGUUUCUUGUUUGUUUAGCCCUUAAAGAUGAGGAUAUUUCAUUCCUCUUUGGAGCAUAGGUUAAAGAAAUCUAGGAACUCAAAUAGUGUGAUAGGACAAAUGGCAAACUAAUAACUAUGUUUUGGGCGAAAUUCAAGUUGAUAGCCUAUAUUAUGAAAGUCACACUAUUCUCACUUGCAUUUUCUACGAUGCCUAUUUAUCAUCACUUGCAUAAAAAGUGUUUAGCAAGCUGAAUGUUGUAAAUGAGUGCUGAAACACUUAUGACAAAAGUGUUGAGCUCGCAUUAGGAUCAAACCACAAGUGGAUGUAGUGUAUUUAUUUAUUUUUUUCCCUUCGAAAAACAGGGGUUGGCAAGUUGAUGUCUGCUUAUAAUGCAGCAAGAAGCCGACACUAAGGAUGCUAAUUCUACAGUGGCAGAGAGGAUGAAUUUCGGGUUUCCAGUAUCAGAUGGCAUUGGUCGCUUGCAAAUAAUUAAGAACAGUGAUCUUGAAGAGUUGCGAGAAUUAGGUUCUGGCACUUAUGGGACUGUUUAUCAUGGAAAAUGGAGGGGUACUGAUGUAGCCAUCAAAAGAAUCAAUGCUAUUGAUAGGUGCUUUUCUGGGAAGCCCUCAGAGCAAGAGCGAAUGAGAUAUGAUUUCUGGAAUGAGGCAAUCAACCUUGCUGACUUGCAUCAUCCAAAUGUGGUGGCCUUUUACGAUGUUGUGCUUGAUGGUCCUGGAGGUUCUGUGGCAACAGUAACAGAGUACAUGGUUAAUGGUUCUUUGCGAAACGCUUUGCAGAAAAGCGAAAGAACGCCAGAACCAGAAGAAAUACAACUGAGGAUGAUGAACUAGUUAAGUACAUGUCGAAGUUGCCAACUAUUCUUGAGAGGGGGAAAAAUGUUCCGGAGAAAGCUUUUAGUGUUGGAGUUCUUGACUGGCGACGUCUUGAAAAAUGGAAGCAUAGCCACAAACAGACUAUGCCCAGAAAUGGCAGGUAUUCCACCUCUAGUAGCAGCACCUCCUCUUCGUUCUCAAUGGAGGGAUCAUCCAGCCAUUCCAAUUUCCAGCAGAGGAGUGCUGCCUUUGGUGAAAAUCUUUGGGAACUUGAAGACAUUUUAUCAGAAGUUGCAUCAAAGCAUGAGCUAUGAGUCUUUUGCUGAUUUAAACAAGUUUUCCCAGGUAUGCCACCUGCAUAAAGUUAGUAGGAUAGCAGGGAAUGCACAAUUUUUUCCAAGACAUCAUUUGAUAGAAACGUGCGGGUGAACUUACCUUUAUGAUUUUAUGAACUCUGUGUUCAUUAUAAGUAGAUGAAGCUAAGUCUAGCUCUUAUGCCUAGAGUGCAAUUAUGGUCACUGUCAGAGCACAUUUCAUCCAUCAUGUGCUCGAACUACUGGAUUGUUCAUGAGUGUAAAAACAAUUUGUUUAUUGCUUCUAAAAUGUUGUUUGCUGUUUGUGUUAUAUUAUCUUCGAUGAAUGACAAGUUUGUUUAUUAUUGCUG